AUGUUUACCGGCCUAAUUGAGCAUAUGGGGACCGUCUCCUCGAUUCAACUAGACUCGGCUGGCUGCACGUUGACCAUAGCCGACUCGCUUCCGAUCCUUGGGGACUGCUCAAUCGGCGACUCGAUCGCAGUCAACGGGGCCUGUCUGACUGUGACCGCCUUCGGCCUGGACACAGAAAAUGGGUGGUUCACUGUCUGGCUGGCGAAUGAGACGCUGCAACGGACGGAUCUCGGGGAGCGCAAUGUGGGGGAGCAGGUUAACCUCGAGCGGGCCAUGGGCGCCCACGUGAGAUUUGGCGGGCACUUUGUGCAGGCGCAUGUUGACGGGACAGCGAAGAUUGUGGGCCGGGAGAAAGACGGUGAUUCGGUGAGACUCGCGUUUGAGCUGCCAGAGACGAGCCGAGGGUUGUUGGUCUAUAUAAUCCCAAAGGGUUAUGUCACCAUCGACGGAGCCUCGUUGACUAUUACUGGGGUGGAGGACAAGGAGAGGCGGUUCAGCGUUAUGUUGAUUCAGCACACACAAGAAAAGAUCACACUGGGGAAAAAGCAGGUCGGGGCGACGGUCAACAUCGAGGUGGACAUGAUCGCAAAGUACAUCGAGAAGAGUGUGGUGAAUGCGGUCAACUCAGAGGGUGAAUCAGGCUUGCGGAGUGCAGUGGAAAAGAUAGUCGAAAGUGUAUUAGCCAAGAAGGGAAAUAAUCAGUAG